AUGAAAGGCCUCCUGCCCGACAGCAGGAGCAUUUUCCUCAACCUCGCCGCUCGGUGCUUUGUCAAGGGCCUGCCAUGCAAACGCAAGCGAGCGGACCACGCUACCAGCAAACAAGACCGGACGAGAAGGCGCACGGUUUUCCCGGCCGCGAGCAACGCUCACCCCAUCAGUGAAGAGGCCGUCAGGUACGCAAGCAACGAGAGACGCUCCCAUGAUCGCUUGUGCAUCUGGCAGACUCUUGCGUUUGAUGGGUGUGCCAUGGUGUGCCUGACCGAAGGAAGUGCUUCCAUGCAUGGUUACUCCCUUAUUCGGGCCACGGAAGUUCUUGUGAAAUCUUGCUCGACGCUAUGCUCGGCUUUAACAUUCCAGACGAGCCAAGGCGGGUGCGUCCUCCGUUUCAGCUCCUGCAGCCUCGAGCAGCCGGAUGACGACUCGCUGUCUUUUACUCUCGAAAUUGUCGAUGACUCCCGCUCAUCUUCUGACCAAAAUGCUGAAUCCAGGAAAAGGAAACAAAUAAGCAGUGAUGUUGUGGAAGGAGCUCAGAAGCGCAUGCGGCCGACCAUUAUACCUUGCGAGUGGUCGUCCACUGCCGACUUGAUAAUGUCCGUAUGUGACAGGCUUCCACCUGUUGUUCCAGUCUGCGGAGGGAAAGGUACAAAGCUGUUGCAUAUCUCGACGCCGACGUUGGCCAGCCAGAGUUUACAAUCCCAGGAUGCUUAUCACUUCACGUUCUUGAAGAACCGAUCACUGGCAAGGAUCAGCGCUUCUGGAAUCGUUCCUUUUCUCAUGCUUUUCAUUGCAGGCUCUCCCGUCUCACAUCUACGUGUCCCGCAAAGGUGCUUCUUCUACGGUGACAUAACUCCACAAUCGGAUCCAAAGGCAUAUGUCAAAUACUUCAAGGAUCUUUACGACUCUUUUCGACGGGCCGCGCUUGAGAUUCCGCUGGUCAUCAACUCGCUUGGAUGGCGGGCAGGUGUCGGAUACGACCUCUUGGUUGAUAUACUGCGUUAUUCGACGCCCACGCAUGUGGUAGAGAUCCACUCCGCAGACGAUGAGAGUGUUCCGCCGCUGCCUGAUGACAUUGCCUCCGUCCUUCAUCUAGAACGCGCUUUCUCCUGCUCGACUGAGCCUGACCGUGCUGUCAGGACGGCUGCUCAGCUUAGAGCUCUCAGAGUGGUGCAUUACUUCCAUGAUUACGAUAGAAUCGAUUCUUCGCUUGGCCUUCGAUUUGAGGAAGUUGCAAGAACACUAGCCUGCCAGGUUCCUUAUCAAGUUUCAGCGGAUGAUCUCAACAUCGUGCAUCUUCAUGUCCAGGUCCCAGUAUCUCAGAAGUUGUUCGGCUUGAAUGCUCAACUUGUUGGUUUGGCUACCAGCUCUCACAGAGGAGAAGAGCAACCCCCAUGCGUUGGUUUCGGUAUUGUCCGGGCUAUCGAUGCUGACCGGCGCAUCUUGUACAUACUUACGCCAUGCUCGCCAAACGUCCUCGAGGGAGUGGACACUAUACUGCAAGGUCGCGUGGACGUUCCUGCUACUCUACUACAGGUGGAAGGAUACAUGUGCCCCUAUCUGAGCACAAGUCAAGUAGUUGAAGGCACCGGCUCAUCUAUUUUACGAAGACGACUGCCCAAGAGGAAGAUUUCUUUGUCAUGAUCGUUGUUAUCUCACCGCUGCGAGUGUAUUCUUUACCUUUGGAAUACUAAACGAGGCUGAGAAAAAGCUAGUGUUUGUGGCA